AUGAAAAAUUCACUAAUUAGAACCUUUUAUAAAACCUCCAAACUACUAAAUGUUCCCCAGAAUGAACUAUUUAAUUAUAAACUACAUACUGAAAAACCAGAAUUUCCAAGUUCAACUGUUAAACCGAAAACUUUAACUACAUUACAAGAUGAUCAAGUAUUAAAACUUAAUGAAAUUAUACCGAGUGAUAGAUUUGGCCUUUCUCAUAACUACAUUUCAAUUAUGGAUUAUUUUUAUGGGAAUUUACAUCAUUCACAUCAUGUUUUUUAUUCAUCAUUAAUUAACGAACGUAUGAAACGGGCAUUUAAAGUCGAAAAGAAGAAAUUUAUCGAUUUAAAAAUUAUAAAAUGUACUACAGGAAAUGGAGGUAAUGGAAGUAUAAGUUUUUUUACCGACACUUUCAAGUCUUUUGGUCCUCCAGAUGGUGGUGAUGGUGGUAAUGGAGGAGAUAUAUAUAUAAAUGUGCUAGAUAAGAAUAAAAAUCUCAAUUCAUUACAUUAUUUAAAAAGAAGUUAUGUUGCAGGUAAUGGAGAAUCGGGUAAAAGUGGGCAACUAGAUGGUAAAAAUGGACAGGAUUUAAUUAUAGAUGUGCCUUUGGGUACAAUUAUCAGAUGGAUUCCAGAGCCAACUAAAAUAAAACCAAUAUUAUCAGCUCGUGAAGGUGAUUCAUUAGAUGAUUUAUAUCUUGAAUUUUAUAUGGAUAAUGAAUCAAAUAUUCAAUUGAAAAGAGAUGGAGGGUAUGAACCUGGUGAAGGAUGGAUUUUUAAACAAAAUCCAAAAGAAUAUUAUCUUGAACGUGAUUUUUUCAAUGAUUUGAAUAAGAAAAUAACUGAAUAUGAUUUAGAUUUACAAUCAGAAGAAGAAUUUAAUGAUAGAUUACCUAUUGCUGGUUUAGAUUGUAAUCAAACUACAGAAAAACCAAUUCUUUUAUUGAAAGGAGGUAAAGGUGGUCUUGGAAAUAUGCAUUUCUUAACACCAGAUGUUAAAAAUCCAAGAUUUUGUAAAAUUGGAAGAAAGGGAAUAACAGUAAAUUUUUUACUUGAAUUGAAACUUAUUGCUAAUUUAGGAUUAGUUGGUUUACCAAAUGCAGGAAAAUCAAGUUUAUUAAAAUCUAUAUCUAGAGCUAAUCCAAGAGUUGGACAUUGGGAAUUUACUACAUUACAACCUACAAUAGGUACAAUUCAACCUAAUUCACUCAGAGAUGAUAGUUUUACAGUUGCUGAUAUUCCAGGUAUUAUAAAAGGUGCUUCUGAAAAUAAAGGAAUGGGGUUGGAUUUUUUAAGACAUAUUGAAAGAUCAGGUGGUCUUGUAUUUGUUAUAUCAUUGGAAAAUAAAGAUCCUUCAAAAGAUUUAAAAAUUUUGAUUGAUGAAGUGGGUGAAAAAAGAAUGAAUGGAAAGAAAGUUUUAGUAGUAGCUACUAAAGCUGAUUUAAGUGAACACGGUGAUAACUAUAAAGUAUUGAAGAAAUAUGUUGAAGAUAAUUUUAAUGAUUGGAAAAUUGUACCUGUUUGUGCUGCAAAUGGUGAAAAUAUAGAUAAAUGUAUAAAAUUAAUGAGUGAAAUUGCAAAAAUGGAAGAUAAAUCAAUGAAUACUUGA